CAUCUACAUUUUAAUAUAAAUGAAAAAUUAUAAUCAAUUGUGCUCAUUUGUUAUUUAUUUUAAUAUAGCUAACUAUUAAUUGAAGUUUUGAUUCUCUCUACUCACUUGAUUUGUUGAAAACAAGAGAGCGAAAUUAUUAGUAAUCUUAUUAAUUUCAAAUAUUUAUAUUGAAAUAUUUUUUUCUGUGCAUCCUUCCUUACUUGAUUUUGUUUAUAAACCAAUUUCAUCAUGGCUCCAAGUACAGAUUCUAAAGAUGAGUGUUGUUCUUUAUACUCUAUGUCAUCUUCUCGUUUUGAAGAGGAUGAAGAAGGUAUUGGUUUCGAUGGUACUAACGAGGAACCUGAGACAGAGGAUGAUUUUAAGGAUAAAUUAGUUGCUGCAAUGGACGCAACCUAUUUGAAAGCUGCCAAGGCUCGUGUAACUGCUCUUGCUGCUAUACGUAAGGCCUUUGUAUCUCGAUACGCCCUUGAAUUCGUUUCAGAAAGACGAUCAACCAUUUGUGAUAUAGUCGAAAGAUGCAUCAAAAAAGGGAAAGGAGAAGAACAAGGUUCUGCCGCCCUUUUAGCGGCCAUCGUUUGUGUAUCCUUGGGAUCUGGCGAUGAUACUGAUGCUAUUUUCAAUGAGUUAAAAUCUACUAUGAUGACCAUUCUAAUGGACAAAAGCGUUGGAGCUAGUGUUAGAUCUCAUAUUGCCACCUCUUUAGGUCUUUGUUGUUUCAUCGCUGGAUCUGGUUCUGAAAGCUGUGACGAGAUCCUUGAAUCUCUCCACACAUUAUUCAGUGCAUCAUACUUCAAAGGUAACGGUGUAGCUCCCAAUCUUGGCCCAGAAACAACAGCUCUUCAUGCAGCUGCUCUUUAUGCUUGGAGUCUUCUGUGCACCAUUCAACCAGCCAGUUACGUUUCUCGAUUCGCUGAUAAAUACUUAUCUAAAUUGAUAGAGCUAUUAGAUAGUAGUGAUGUUGAACUAAGAAUAGCAGCUGGUGAAACAAUCGCUGUCAUCUUUGAGAUUUGCCGUGAAGCUCGGAUGGAUAUAUCACCUAGCGCUGUUCUAACUGACAAACUACGACAAUUAGCCACUGAUAGUCAAAAGUUUAGAGCUAAGAAAGAUAGAAAGAAGCAACGUUCAAGCUUUCGAGAUGUUCUCAAGUUCAUUGAAGAUGACGAAUUACCUUCAGAGACUGUUAAAUUUGGUCGCGAAAGAUUAUUUAUUGACUCUUGGUGUCGUAGAAGACAGUACGAUGCCUUCUGUCAUGUUCUUGGAUCUGGAAUGAAUCUUCAUCUCAAAGAAAACGAUCUUUUACGAGAUGUUUUUGAAUUAGGACCUCCUUUACCAAUAGAUGAACCAGUUCAAAAAAUCAGUAAAUUUCAAAGGAAAAUGGAAAACAUAGCUUCAUUUAAAGCACGAACCAAAUCACGAGGAAAACAGCGGGAUAAAAAAGUUGAUGUACUUUGGUAGUAAUUUAGCGUGAAUACGAAUUUUAUUAAAGUGCCAAUUUGAACUGCCAUAAAAUGGAAGCUGUACAAUAAUUAUAUUUUCAGGAGUUAAAUCGAGAUGUCUAUUAAAUUAAGAGUUUAAUUUUUCGAUGCUGCUCUCGUGAUCUCAACGAAUCAAGAAAUGGAUCAUCAAUAAAAGCCAAGACAUCUUUUCGAAAGCGAAAUCAAUUAGAGACUCAAUUUAGACUUGAAAUUGAUGUGCUUGCUGUUUUUGACUUACAUCAAAGAGAAAUUUUUGAGAAAAAUUUUUGUCCUGAGUUGAAACUUAUUUUUUCCUAAACUGAAUCUUCAAGUUUUAACCAUGAUAUUUUUUUACUCAAAGCUUGAAAAAAAUUUGAGCCUACACUUUUGUUGUGCAUUUCUGGCCUCUUUAGGUAUUUAUUUUUUUUAUUUGUAUUGUGUGACAGUUUCAAAUUGUUUUCGCUGAUUAUAUUUAGUCAUGUGUAAUUAAUCUAUAUUACACAUCUGAAUUGAAAAGCCACGAGACAAAUCCUUUGAAAGUAACAUCAUCAUUCACUAGAAUCAAUGUUUUCAUCUCUUUCUGUCUUCUAUUGUAAUUUUCGUUUAUUUGCUUUGUCACUUAUUGAUAUCUCUUUGAUUUUCUUAUCGGUUGCGUUUUCUGGUUUAAAAAUAUAAUAAAUGAAAAAAUAAACCAUUCAAC